UCUAAUGUAAAGAGAGGUUAUAAUAUCAUUGUGUAGUGUAGAGACGCGGAGAAGCUUAGCUUCAAUUUUUUAUCUUUCCAUGUUUAUGUGAUAUAUUAAAUGUACAUAAUUUCUGAUACGUAGGAACUUUUCUAUUCAUUGAACCAGUUUUAUUAAAAAUAAACACAACAACGAUGGAAUCUGAUUAUGAUGAAAAUCAUGGUGGUUGGACAGACGAAAUGGCGAGAACGAAUGAAGAUUGUGGGGGUGAAGAUAGCUUCGAUAAUCCCCAAGAGAUUUUAAAUGAAUGUUUAGAUAAAUUUAAAACUCCUGAUUAUAUCAUGGAACCUGGUAUAUUUAUGCAACUCAAGAGAUACUUUCAAGCCGGUGGUAAUCCGGAACAAGUAAUAGAAUUGCUGUCAAAAAAUUACACUGCCUGUGCUCAAAUGGCAAAUCUCCUAGCAGAAUGGCUAAUUCUUGCUGGAGUAAAAGUUUCAGACGUUCAAGCAAUGGUAGAAAAUAAUUUGAAGGAUAUGAUAUUGAAAACUUUUGAUCCUAAAAAGGCAGAUAAAAUUUUCACAGAGGAGGGUGAAACUCCUGCCUGGUUAACUGAAAUGAUUCAGCAUCCCACCUGGAGAUCCCUUAUUUAUAGGCUUGCCGAAGAAUAUCCUGAUUGCUUGAUGUUGAAUUUUACUAUAAAGCUUAUAUCUGAUGCAGGAUUCCAAGGUGAAAUUACAAGCAUUUCGACAGCAGCACAACAAAUAGAAGUAUUUUCACGAGUUCUAAAAACUGCGAUCGCUGGUUUUCUACAAAAUACAGAAGAUUGGCAAUCCAGCAUACAAGAAUGCGCGAAAAUGGUAUGUCAUGGACAACAUACUUACGUCUAUAGCCAAGUAUUGUUACAAAUUCUGGCGCAAGAAUCACGUGGUGGAUUCAUGAUGAAAAGACUUUCUCAAGAGAUCACCAAAUGUGCUCAACAAAACCACCAUGAUGUUACUCCAAUAACAAUGGCGUUAAACGGAGCUUCGAGUAGCCCUAGUGCAUGUCAAGCAUUGGCAUCUAUGUUAUCGCGGAAUACUUUAAAUCCUGCAGACAUUAGUGUAUUAUUUCGAAAUUAUUCCACUGCGGAACCACCUCCCAUAGAAUUACUUAGAAAUCCACAAUUUCUAGAAUUGUUGGUCGACGCCCUUUUCAAACCCGGAGUCAAAAUCAAUCCCGAACAUAAGCCAAAGUAUAUUUAUUUAUUGGCUUAUGCAGCUAGCGUGUGCGAUAUACCAGCUAAAAAAGGCCAUGCACGCAAAUUAAACAAAGACGAUUUAAAAACAACUAUACAGGCUAUUGAGAAAGUGCACAAUAUUUGUAACAUUAAUAAGGGAUCCACUGAAUUGGUGGCCGAAUUGCAUACUUUAUACCAAUGCAUAAGAUUUCCUGUUGUAAGUGUAGGUGUAAUUAGGUGGGUAGAAUGCACUGUAACAGAACCAUCGUACUUCAAAUUAUGCACAGAACACUGUCCUGUACACCUUGCGUUGCUAGAUGAGGUUGUCGUCUGUCAUCCGCUAUUGCAUCCGAAAGUGCUGCAACUUCUUGUACAGUUGUUUGAAAGUAAGCAGGAUGAAUUAGAGAUCCUUGUACAGUUGGAAAUGAAGAAAAUGUUAAUUGACAGAAUGGUCAAUCUAUUAAGUAAAGGUUGUGUGGUGCCUGUGGUAUGUUAUAUCAAACAAUGUUGGCAACGAGGAGAUACAGAUGUUUCCUUAAUUAGAUAUUUCGUUACAGAGGUUUUAGAAGCAAUUGCUCCACCGUACACAGCUGAAUUCGUUCACUUAUUUUUACCGAUGGUGGAGGACGAAGAAAUUACAGGAACAAUGCGUGGCGAUAGCGAUAAUGAUCUUGUUUCAGAAUUUAUUGGUAAGUAUCGUUCGAUUAAAAAUUACAAAUUACAAAAAUUACUUUAAAUCUAAUAAUGUUCUUUUCAGUACACUGUAAAGCACAUUGCCCUACCAUAAGGUGAUGCAUCUUAAUAGAUAAAGGUAGGACUAAUUGGAAAAAAGAACUUGCAACUUCAAGAGAAAUAUUUUUACUUCAGAUGAACAUGUGUGGAAUUACCAUACAUAUGUUACUACUAUAUUAAACUUUGCUAUCUUUUUUUUUCAUAUGUUAUGUAUGUGGAUGUGUGAACCUAGGAAAAGGAUGACUUCCUCUCAUCUGUGAUAUCCCAAUUUAGACUUUUUCUGCAACAAACACAGAUAGUGUCAACAGAAUAUAAUAUGUGUAAAUUAUUACAUUGCCUGCAUUUGUUAAUAAAGAGAAACUAAAACGGUUUACUUUU